AUGUUUUCUCGUUUGCUUUUUGAUUCUUUUUUUUUUCAAUCGAUUUUACACAAUAUUCUCCCGCCCGUUUGUAACUCUGACUCUUUCUCAAACUAUUUCCCUCCCCCUUUCUUUCUCGAUUGCAUUCUCACUCCUUUUCUUUCUUUCUUUCUUUCUUUCUUUCUUUCUUUUCACUCUCUUUCCUUCUCAUUAUCUUUCUCGAUCUCUUUCUUUCGCUAUCUUUUUUCUUUCUUACUUUCUCUGUUCCUAUACAAUUAUACCUUUUUCUUUUUCGGUCUCUUUCCCCCUCCCUUUUUUUCUUGUCUCUUUCUCUCUUUAUCUUUUUCUUUCUUUUUUCCUCUUUCUUUCUAUCUCUACCUUUCUUUUUCUCUUUCCCUCUCCCUUUUUUCGAUCUCUAUCUUUUUCUUUCUCUCUCUCUCUAUAUAUAUACUGUAUCUUUUUCUUUCUUUCUUUCUUUCUCUCUCUCUAUACUGUAUCUUUUUCUUUCUCUCUCUCUCUCUCUCUCUCUCUCUACUGUAUCUUUUUUCUUUCUUUCUCUCUAUUUUUUCCUUCCUUUUAAUCUUUCUUUUCUACCUUUUUCUUUCUUUCUUUUUCUAUCUUCUUUUUUUUCUUUCUUUCUCUCUCUUUUUAUUUAUGUCUUUCUUUCUUUCUUCCUCUCUCAUUAUCUUUCUUUUUCUCUCUCUUUCUAUCUCUUUCUUUCUUUUUAUCUAUCUCUUUAUCUUUCUAUCUCUUUUUCUCUUUCUCUAUGUCUCCUCCUCUGUCUAUUCUUUCUUUCUUUCUUUCUUUCUUUCUUUCUUUUCCUGA